UUAAAUUGAAAUAGUUGUCGUUCAAUGUUUGGUGGGUGCAUGUCAAUCUGUCAAAAUAAUAAAUAUCUUAAAUUUUAGGAACUAUUUCGGAUUUAAUGAAUCGAAUGACUGAUUUUGACUAUGUGAAGUGCUAGUGUUUUGAUUGCAGUGUUAUGUAUACAGUGUUAUGCAUAGUACUUUUCAAAAGGGGCCUAUAAAGGAAUUCAAGUGAGACGUUCUUUGAAAAUCCGUGGCCGUCGAAAAGAUAAAGAGAAACUGCCUUCCGGCAUCACCGCCGACUACACUGCCGACUUCCUCGCUAGUCUAGAACGGACCGAUUCACCUCUUUCGACCGUCACCGGUUCCCCCUUGUCUUCCGGGCAUCACCACCAACACAAUCACGACGGUUACACGCAGUCUGACAGUUCGGAAACUAGUCUCAACUCGUUGAACAACCCCCACAACCAAAAAAAUCUACCUCCUCUUCCGCCGAAGCCGCCCAAAAGGGGUAUCCUCAAGACGCCCAAGGUGAACGUUACCCAUGGAGAUGAUGAAACUCACGACACUAACGGAUACGACACCCCCGAUCGAAAUCAUACGAACCUGGUGAGGAACACUCUCCAGAACGAGCUGAUCACGUAUCAAAACUUGCCGGUACAGAAUGGUAUCAAUGGCAAAGAUAUGGGCUCGCAGUUGUUGGUGAUUACUUCAACUUCGCCGAGCGCUGAUAGCUUAACGGACACCACGAAUUCAUCUUUCGCUACACCGCCGUUUUCGUUGAGUCCCGUGGGAGAAUCGCAAGGAUUUCAUAGGUGGUCGCGAACAGCAAACUUCGAUGACGUGAACCUGCCUUUACCGGAAAUAGUACCGCUGACGCUCCCCAAACCGAGAAUUUUGACGAUACAAAGACAAAAACCGCCUCGAAACGACUUCGGGUUCUCACUUCGUCGCGCGAUGGUACUCGAACGGUGCGCGAAUAACGGUGGCGGGGACGGCGAUUGCGGUGAUAUGGAAGUGAGCAUGCGCGCUGUGAUCUUCGCCGAACCCGGUGCUAUAGUGCAACACAAUAAUGAGACAGGGUUGCUUCCCGGUGAUAAAUUAUUGGAGGUGAACGGUAUACCUGUUGACGGAAAGGCUAGAGAGGACAUCAUCGAUUUGAUAAAGGCGUCCGGGGAGAGCGUUACGUUGAAG